CCAGAUGUGCGAGGGGGGUGCUGCAGCCACGCCGAUGUCCAUUUCUAGUGCAGACCUGCCCCUAAUCUCCCACCGUCUGUGACGUUCAGGAUUCUUGGUGCGGGUCGGCUUCCCGGCUCGUCGGCUGGGGAGCCGGCAGCGCUGGAACUGGGCUGUUUGCUCACUGCUUUCAAAGUGAAACAGGAGAAAAAAAAACCUGCCAGUUGCUUUCACUUUCCAGAUCAUUCACCCUGCUCGGUGAUGGUGGGAGAGAGCCAUGAGAGCGAUGGGAAACCGAACACAAAUCACUCUGUAAGCUCUUUGCAGAGUCGGGGCACCUGGGAGGGAAGCCGGAUAUGAGAGAUUGGAACCAGCCGGGAGUUACGCCUGAGCGCUACGGGGGUGAGCGAGAGGGGAAUCGCGCCCUGUGCCUUCGUUCCUGAUGUUCAGCGGAUCGCCUGGGGCAGGAGCCAGCUCUUCACAGACUGUCCUGCCUUCACUGGCAGACGCAGGCUGCUCCAUGACGAGAGUGCAGUGGACUCUCUGCGAUGCCAGCCUGUCUGCAGCAUGAUGAGGUGGGAGCCCCGCUGGUUGAUUCGCUUGGUUACAUUGUGGACUCUCGGUGGGGUUGCUGGAGCUCAGUCGCCCGUCACUGCUCAGUAUGGAGAGAACGUCAUCCUGAACUGCACCUUCCCUUUCAUAUCUGGGGUGAAAUUUCAGCGCUUGAUUGUCACCUGGAAGAAGGAAAGAGACAACGGACCAGGUCUGCUGGUCCACAAAUACUACUGGGGGAUGGACCAACUAUAUAAACAGGACAAAGAUUACAAGGGCCGCACACGGCUUUUCCCAGAGCGAUUCCCUGAAGGAAAUGCAUCCUUACAACUCCAUAGUGUCCGCAUGCAGGAUGAGGGAUCGUACUGCUGCUAUGUCAACUCUGAACUGAACUCAACUUCUAGAACGAUGCCACUCUCAGUGAUAAGGGAGAUUCAAGUAGAGGAGACCAUCAGCGCUCAGCAAGGGGAGGACGUCAUCAUGAACUGCUCCUUCGGACCUGUGUCAAACCUUCAACUAUUGAACAUCACCUGGAAGAAGGGAUCAGAUCUCCUGGUUCACAGCUAUUUUUCUCAGCUGGACCAGCUGGAAACACAGGAUGAGGCUUACCGGGGCCGGACCCAGCUGUAUCCGGAGAGAUUCCAUGAGGGAAAUGCGUCCCUGAGACUCAAGAACGUCCGGCUGGAGGACAAGGGUUUCUACACCUGCCACGUCAAGCCGGAACUGGGCAGGUUUUCCAUGCGAAUGAGAGUGACCGUGGAGAAAGCUCCUGAGAAUGCCCACUCAUCAUGGCUCUGGCUUCUUCUGCUUUGUGUUACCAUUCCACCACUAAUAUAUAUUAUCCUUAAGAGCCGCUAUCCUUCCCUGCUGCAGUCACUCAAGAAUCUGCAGCCAUUUAGACCCUGGGAAACCCAGAAGUCAGGAGUAUGCACCACAGCCCCGCACCCCCCUGAUGACUGCCUCCAGAGGCCAGCCAGGAAUGAAAAUCCAAGACCUGAAAGCCAUGGAAUCAUCCAGAGUAGGUCUGAAGCAGGGGACCAUGAAAGGGGGACACUGAAUCCCAGAGAAGAAGACUGUCUGCUGGAGCCCAAGGAACGACUCCUAUGUCCUGACGGAGACAGCACCAAUCUCUCUCAAGAUGGUGGUGAAGAACUAGGGGCUGCUUCUGGAACAGGAGACCUUUCAGACUCAGUUUCUGGUUCUCAUGAGUCACUACCAAGCACUGGGCUUAAUAUUGCUCUCCUGGGAGAGACAGGCUGUGGGAAGUCCUCCUUCAUCAACGGAAUUCGGGGCCUGCAAGAUGAAGAUGACAAUGCUGCCCGGACUGGGGUGAUUGAGACAACAAAGAAGAGGAAGUCUUAUCAGCAUCCCAAACACCCAAACGUAACGAUAUGGGACAUGCCAGGAAUCAUCCUGGGGAAGUUUUCACUGGACAGGGACAUCGAAUUGAGCAAGUCUGAUGUGUUCCUCAUCUUCUCCUCUGACAACUUUACAACCCUCCAUGCCAACCUCGCCCAGGAGAUCCAACGAAUGGGAAAGAAGGUUUAUUUUGUGCGCUCCAAGGUGGAUGUGGACCUGUACAAUAACAGAAGAAAGAGAAACUUCAGUGAGUCAAGAAUCCUGGAGCAAAUCAAGAACACCUGCAUAGAAUGCCUGGAAAGAGAAGGGCUCCACACCCCACGGCUUUUUCUCCUUUCUCACAAUGAAUACGACCAGCAUGACUUUCAUUGUCUAGCAGAAGAACUUGGCUGUGCCUACAGACAAAAUGCCAUUGAUAUAGAAAUACUUAAGGUUACUGUGAGAGCUGGAAGGCCAAGAGAUAUGGCUUCUGCCGUGAGAGAAGCCUUGACGUUUUCCGAAAAUGCUGAGCUCAACAUUGCCGUCAUCGGGGAGUGCGGCUCUGGGAAAUCAUCCUUCAUCAACGCCAUCCGGGACCUGGAUGAUGAAGAUGAGAAUGCUGCAAUAACCGGAGUUGUAGAAACAACACAAAAGCCAGUUCCAUAUCCAUUUCCCACACACCCUAAUGUGACCAUAUGGGAACUGCCGCCAAUUGGGAGCCCAACCUUUCCGGCAGGCGGCUGCCUCCAGCAGGUGAAUUUCAGCUGCUAUGACACCUUCAUCCUCAUUACCUCGCAACGGUUCAGCUUCAGCCAUGCCGACCUGGCCAGGAAGAUCCAGGGGAUGGGAAAGAAGUGUUAUUUUGUGCGCUCCAAAGUGGAUGUGGAUUUGUACUCUGCCAUACGACGCCGGCCAUCCAGCUACAAUGAAGAGAGGAUCUUGCAGGAGAUCAGAGAAUACUGCUGCAAAUGUCUGCAGGAGGAAGGGCUGAGGAACCCACAAGUUUUCCUCAUCUCUGUCUGGUAUUUAGGCAAGUAUGAUUUUCACAUCCUGCAGGAGACUUUGGUGGAAGAGCUCUCCAGUGACAAAAAUCACUCUCUUGUUCUUGCCCUGCCCAACUACUCUGAAAAAAUCAUACAAAAGAAGAAAGAAGCCCUGGAGCACGGGAUUUGGCAGGUAGCUGCUGCAUCAUGUGUUGGAGCCCUUGUUCCUAUUCCAGGUGUCUCUGCUGUUUGCAAUGUUGUUGUCUUAGUAAAAUACCUCAGGAUUUUCAGCAGGAACUUUGGUCUGGAUAGAGACUCCUUCACCAGGCUCUCAAAACGGACACAGAAACCCAGGGAGGAACUGGAAAGAGCUAUUAUAAAAACACGAAUGGCUGAAGAGAUAACCCAGUCUUUUGUCAUCACAUUACUGGCCAGUUUUGCUUUAGCGAUAGCGUCUUCUGCCUUUGUGUGGGUACCUGUCAUUGGUUCUGUCAUAUGUGCAGGGAUUUCUUAUAAAGCUUCCUACAGAACACUGCAGUCAUUUUUGGAAGAUGCUGCAGAAGAUGCUAAAAAUGUGCGGAGAACGGCUUGGGAACGUGAGCUUCUAGCUACAGAAAGAGAAAGAGAGUCCUCAAAAAAAGUCAAUUAGCCAAAAACUUGACUUUCCAUUUCCCAGAUUCAGCUACCCAGCUGCCCUUAGUUUGUUUGGUUCUUAUCUUUAGGAAAGGCAGGAAAUACCCAGAAAUAAGGUGUGGCCAAAAAUAUCAGUAGAACAUGUGGUGGAUAGCAGGACUUGCGUAUAAAGGCAGCCAAACCAGCCCCUAUAACACUGUUAGUGAACUGGGCAUUCCCGUGGAGAGACGGCCAAUUCAAACCACCUGGGGAUCUGGUGUCAUGCCCACAGCUGCCCCUGGCCUAGGGAUAGAGUCAGGGACCUGGUAUGGGACAUGAGAGGGUGUGGGUGUUUUAGGGAGUCCCUGACAUAGAGGAGUCUGGGAUGUCACCCAGGGAGCCUGUGAGGGGAAAUGAGGGGGUACAACAAGCCCUUGGUGUGUACAAUGAGUUGUGCCAAUAGGAACAACAAAACAUGUGAUCCUCUAGUGUAUUUUAUGGCAACUUGCGGUGAAUUUUUCUGGUUAGUAUAAGAACCAUAUUCAUAGACACCCUGUUGCUCUCUCACUCAUUACCAAUAUUGAUACAUGGAUUCUGCUUGUAUAUGUUUUGUAAGAACUUUCAAAUGCCCGAUCUACAAAUCUUUAUCACUGAUGCCUUUACAUAGGUAGCCUGUCAUCUUGUCAGACUUUGAAAUACAGGUGUACCAUAUAUGGCAGGCUUGAUUCUUCAGCUGUCUUGUACUAUAUGUGCACAUCGUUACUGGUAUAUAAUUGUGUAAACCACACAAAUUGUACCCACUCUGUGUUCUACAAGCUGGUGUGAGCCAGGAGUAACCGGAUGGACGUCAAUCAGCCUGUUUCAGUUACACUGAAAGAGGAUUAAGGCCCCGUCUACACUAUGGGUGCUACAGUGGCAGACACUGCGGUGCCAUAGUGUAGAUGCUUCCUACAGCGAGGGAAGGGUUCCCGCCCCCCCCCACCCCCCCAUCAAUGUAGUAAAUCCUCCUCUCCAACGGGCAGUUGCUAGGUGGACAGGACAGAAGAAUUCUGUCUACCUAGCUGCAUCUACGUUGGGAGUUAUAUCAACCUAACUACAGGGCAUAAAAUUUUUCACAGCCCUGCAUGAUGUUUGAUCUAAUUUUUAAGUGUAGACUAGGCCCGAGACUAAUUAGUUACAGAAAACUAAAGUGACUUUACUCCUGAAUGAGAUCAUCCACAUGGGCAUUUAACACACUUUAUCUUAUGCACGGGGACUUCGCUCAUUUACUUGAUUUUCAUUAACUUUUCUGAGCGUUAUCCACAACCUCCACCAUUCAGGACAGCACUACCUAACCCAGUGAAUGCAGCUUCAUUGGCAAUCUUAACUUUGUAUAUCCUGGUUUUUAGAGGUUUGAGCUCAGCUGAACUUGAUGUUCUGGAAGGACACAAGAUAAUGCAAAGUUAAGGUAACCCAGGGUAAGGUAGAUUUUUGUCAGAGAAUUCUUAGUUUGUUAGUUUAAGAAAGCAAACUGGUUCUUUCCUCACAUGUUCUAGAGAGCGUUUUAUACUCCAGCCUGGCAGUAUUCAAUUUUAAUUUUUGUAUCAUUUAAAUUGGCAAUACCAAUGGUUAUUUUUAAGCUUUUUUUUUUCAUUUUUAUCUCUUUAAUUUUUCACAAUUGAGGGAAGUUAUGGUGGGUCAAUCGGGGCAGACAUUAAUUAUGACAGAAGUUCCUGAGAUUCAAAACACAAAUUGUGAACAUCGCUUGUCAAAAUAUACAAAGUAAAUAUCCUGGAAUCAAACUGUGGUAAGUUCUUUACAUUUCCGUUUAUUAUCAGCAGAAAUAUUUUUCCUUGGCUUGUGUAUGUACAGUGAAAUUGAUAUUUACCGACAUUAACUCUGAUAAAAAUCGAAUCCUUCCAAGCCAAACGAGUCUGGUGUAGUUACAGUGGUACAAUGCCCCAGUGUGGAUGCUGUUAUACAGGUGUAAAGGUCUACAUGGGGAAGGUAUUUUUGUAUAUCUUUAGGUUUUUUUUUUUUCAGCAUAAAUUACCAUGUGUCCACACACAAAGGAUUUUUUUUUUUUAUACUUUAGAAGUGACUCUGGUUUGGAAUAAAUGAUAUUCCUGUUAGUUUCAUGUGGAUGCAUCCCCAUUUCAAAUUAACUGGGGAGGAGGAGACAGUGAUGGGAGCUCCCUAUGAACUGGGGGGCAGCAGGACAGGAGCGGGGGACCUCCUGAGACUCAGGGCUGGGGCACUAAGGGGGUGCCUGCUCCAGAGUAGGAAAGGGCAUCCUAUUCCUGGGCAGCUGGUGCUUGGUGUAUUGGUAUCCCCUACCCCCUGCUCAAGUGCCUGUGCUCUGUCCCACCCCCAACCCUACACUGUUGGCUCCUAGCUGGCAUAUGUGCUCCUGCCCUGCCCCCAGGCUGGGUGUCUCUGCUGGGAUCUGUGGUGGCGGGAAAGGGGGCAGAGACAAGAGUGGGACCUGGAGCUGGCUUCCAGGGAGCAGCUAGAAGAGCAAAUGCAGGAUUCAGGUCCAAGCCCUGUCAUUUUGCAGUGUGGACACAGCUAAAGUCUGGGUUGUGACGCAGUAUGGAAUGUGGGUGACCAUUUAUAAUGUAUGAUACCAAUUUUACAAAAUCACAAAGAAUCUUAUAAAAGAUAUGCCAUGUAAGGCAUCCGUGGAAAAGAUACCAUUUGCUAAAUAUGAUAAAGCUUGUUUAUAUAUAUUAUCAUCUUCGUAUCGUGGGUUGUAAAUAUGUGUGGUAUAUUGAUAUCUUUCAAACCUGUGCUGUGUAUCUGGCUGACACCCCAAGACACAUUGGUAUCAGCACUACCAGCCUUCUUAAUGGCCCAUCAAGGGCCAUCAGCUGGACAAUGAGCCCAUUGAGAGAAGCCAGGGGCUAUGCCUAGGAGUCAGCAGGACAUGUAAGGAGAUGCCUGUGGACAGGGGACUCCAAGAGCUUUUCCAUGCCCAUGUGCUCGGAGCUUGUGUUUGGGACAGAGGAUGUACAAGACACGUGGCAAAGGAUAUAAAAAGGCAGCUGUAUCUUCUCCAUUUUGGCUUCGACACGGCUUCUCACCUCUGGAGCAACUUCUCUGCACGCUGCAGCUCUGAACAAAGAUCUGUCAGGCCCAUCCAAACUUUGGGCGUGUUCCAGAAGAACUUUACAAGCCAGCAAACUCGCCAGUGCUGCAAGGAACCUGAUCUCUGGACUUAGAAAUCAUAAGUACGUAUCUGAUUUCUUUCACCCUUUAACAACUCUCUUCUCUUUCUUUUCUUUAAUAAUAAAACCUUUAGUUGUUAGAUACGAAA